AAGAAGCCACCUCUGGGCAUCUGCUCACUCCCUUCCCUUUCCCUCUUCUCCCCCAGCUGCUCCUGUCUGUCCUACUCUCAGUUCCAGUCCUGAGCUAUGGGACCCCUGGCUGUCCUGCUGGCUUUGAGCUGUGUGACCCUGGCUCAAGGGGAUCCACUCUACAUCCUGCUUACUCCCAAGCUUAUGAGAGUGGAAACUGAGGAGCAGCUGGUCGUGGAGGCUCAUGGGGCAGCAGGUGACUUACCUGUUGAGGUCGCCAUCCACGACUUCCCCCAGAAGAAGCAAGUCCUUUAUUCAGAGAAAAUCACACUGAACAAUGCCAAUAAUUACCUGAGCACCAUCACAGUUAAGAUCCCAGCCCAGAACUUUCAGAACAACAAGGGCCAGCUCCUCAAAGGGCACCAGUUCGUCAACAUUGUGGCCAAGUUUAACAACGAGAAGGUAGAGAAGGUAGUGAUGGUGACUUUCCACAGCGGCUACCUGUUCAUCCAGACGGACAAAACCAUCUACACACCUGGUUCCACAGUUCUGUACCGGAUCUUCACCGUGGGCCACAAGCUUCAGCCUCUGGCCAAAACUCUGACUGUCAGCAUCCAGACUCCUGAUGAUGUCAUUAUCAAGAAGGACCCACUGUCCUCUCAGAACAAGAAUGGUAUACUGAGCCAGUCCUGGAACAUUCCUGAGCUUGUCACCCUGGGCCAGUGGAAAAUCAUUGCCUAUUAUGACGACUCCCCCCAUAAAACCUUCUCUGCUGAAUUUGAAGUGAAGGAGUAUGUGCUGCCAAGCUUUGAGGUCAAGCUUUACCCAGAGGAAAAAUUCUUCUACAUCGACAAUCAUGAUGGUCUGAGGGUCUCCAUCACAGCCAGGUUCCUGUAUGGAAAGAUGGUGGAUGGCAUUGCCUUUGCCAUCUUUGGAGUCCUGGAUGAAGGAAAUAAGCGUAGCAUUCCCGAAUCCCUCAGCAGAGUUCUGAUUGAGGAUGGCAAUGGAGAGGUCACUCUGUCCCGGGAUGUUCUGCUCAAACAGUUCCCAGACCAAAACCUGGUGGGAAAGUCUUUGUAUGUGUCGGUCACAGUUUUAUUGGAGACUGGGAGUGACAUGGUUGAGGCUGAAUUCACUGGGAUCCCAAUUGUGACAUCUCCUUACCAAAUCCACUUCACCAAGACUCCCAAGUACUUCAAGCCAGCUAUGCCUUUUGAUCUCACGGUUUUUGUGACUAAUCCUGAUGGAUCCCCAGCCCCUCAUAUUCCGGUGAUGGCUCCAGACUUCCAGGUUCAGUCUUUGACUCAAGGAGAUGGUCUGGCCAAGUUGAGAAUCAACACACCCAAUAAUGUUGGUCCUUUGAAUGUCAGAGUGAGGACAGACAAGGAGGGCCUCCCAGUGGAUCGCCAGGCAUCUCAGAAGAUGGUCGCUCAGCCCUAUCAAACCAUAGCUGGCUCCAACAAUUACCUGCACCUGUCUGUGCCUUCAGUAGAACUCAAGGUCGGCGAUAACCUGAACAUCAACUUUCACCUGCGAACAGAUGGACCCAAUGUGAACCAGCAAAUCGGCUACUUCACCUAUGUGAUCAUGAACAAGGGGAUGGUGCUGAAGGUGGGGCGCCAGCUGCGGCAGGCGGGCCAGGAUGUGGUGGUGCUCUCCCUGCCUCUCACAGCUGACUACAUCCCCUCUUUCCGAGUGAUAGCCUAUUACCAUCUGACUCGGAAUGGCCAGAAGGAGCUGGUGGCCGACUCUGUUUGGGUGGAUGUCAAGGACACCUGCAUGGGCAAGCUGGUGGUGAAAGGAACAGGAGAAACACACCAGCCUGGGAAACAGGCCACACUGAAGAUUGAGGGUGAUGCUGGAGCCCGCGUGGGGCUUGUGGCCGUGGACAAGGGGGUGUUUGUUCUGAACAAGAAGAAUAAAUUGACCCAGACCAAGAUCUGGGACACAGUGGAGAAUGGAGACAUUGGCUGUACUCCAGGCGGAGGACAGAACUACGCUGGGGUCUUCAUGGAUGCUGGGCUUACUCUCAAGACCAAUAAGCAGCUUCAGACCGAACCUCAGGCUGACCCCGAGUGCAGUAAGCCGGCCAAGCGGAAACGCCGCUCUGUUCAGCUCUUGGAGAUAAGGAACGACAAAGCCGGCCAAUACAAGGACAAAAACUUGAGGACCUGCUGUGAGGAUGGUAUGAAUGUGAACCCCAUGGGCUACUCUUGCAAAAGGAGGGCAAAGUACAUUUUAGAAAAUCAGGCGUGCAUCGAUGCCUUCCUGGACUGCUGCAACUACUUCAGCAAGAUUCGUCUGGAGAAACAGAGAGCCAACACCCUGAACCUGUCCCGAAGUGAACUUGAUGAGGAUAUUGUGCCCGAAGAAGACAUCAUCUCCAGAACCCAGUUCCCAGAGAGCUGGCUGUGGAGCGUGGAGCGGCUGACUGAGAAGCCAGACAAGAAUGGAAUCUCUACAAAGUCCCUCACUGUGUUCCUUAAAGACUCCAUCACAACCUGGGAGAUUCUGGCUGUAAGCUUGUCAGACACCAAAGGGAUCUGCGUGGCUGACCCAUAUGAGAUCACCGUGAUGCAGGACUUCUUCAUUGACCUUCGCCUGCCUUACUCGGUGGUACGCAAUGAGCAGGUGGAGAUCCGAGCUGUGCUCUACAACUACAGACAAGUGGACACUCUAAAGGUGCGUGUGGAGCUGCUGUACAACCCCACCAUCUGCAGCGCCGCCACCUCCAAGAAGCGCUACCAGCAGAUUGUGAACAUCCCACCCAAGUCUUCUUUAGCUGUACCUUUUGUCAUCGUACCUCUGAAAAUUGGCAACCACGACAUUGAGGUCAAGGCUGCUGUCUACAACCACUUCAUCAGCGAUGGGGUCAAAAAGAAACUGAAGGUCGUGCCGGAAGGGAUGAAAGUGACAAAGUCUUUGAUCACCCGAACCCUGGACCCAGUGAAAUUUGGCCACAAUGGUGAGCAGAGGGAAGACAUUCCUGCAGCAGACCUCAGUGACAUUGUUCCAGGCACAGAGUCAGAAACUAGCAUCCAAUUUCAAGGAACACCUGUGGCCCAGAUGGUGGAGGAUGCCAUAGACGGGGACAAACUGAAGCACCUGAUUGUGACGCCAUCGGGCUGUGGCGAGCAGAACAUGAUUGGAAUGACUCCCACGGUGAUUGCUGUCCACUAUCUGGAUGCCACGGAACAGUGGGAAAAAUUUGGGGUGGAAAAGCGGCUGCAGGCCUUAGACCUUAUCAAGAAGGGAUACACACAAGAGCUGGCCUUUAAGAAGGCAGAUUUCUCCUAUGCUGCCUUCAUGAACCGACCAUCCAGCACAUGGCUCACAGCCUUCGUUGUGAAGGUAUUCUCCAUGGCCACCAACCUCAUCGCCAUCGAUGCCCAAGUCCUUUGUGGUGCCGUCAAAUGGCUCAUCUUGGACAAGCAAAGACCAGAUGGGAUGUUCCAGGAGGAUGGCCCAGUGAUCCACCAGGAAAUGAUUGGUGGCUUCAGGGGUGGGGAGGCCGAUGUCUCACUCACAGCCUUUGUGCUCAUCGCUCUGCAUGAGGCAAAAGACAUCUGUGGGGGCCAAGUCAACAGCCUGGAAGGCAGUAUCAACAAAGCAGGAGACUACCUGGCCAGCAAAUACCAGGCCCUGAAGCGGCCCUACACCUUGGCCAUGGCUGGCUAUGCCCUGAGCCUGCUGGAGAGGCUGGAUGAGGAAAAAGUUAUCAAGUUCCUGAGUGUGGCCACUGACAGGACCAGCUGGCAGGAGCGCGGCCAACAGCUAUACAACGUGGAGGCCACGUCCUAUGCCCUCCUGGCCCUGCUGCAACUAAAAGAUUAUGACACAAUCCCUGGCGUGGUUCAGUGGCUCAAUGAGCAGAGAUACUACGGAGGUGGUUAUGGGUCCACACAGGUAAAUGGGGUCUGGGCCUGGUGGGCAGGGACACACACACACACACACACAGGCACACUCACACUCACAAUUGAAUUCUCCUUCCUACAGACCAAGAUAAAUGAAGACUUUACUGUAAAGGUCAAAGGAAAAGGACAAGGCACACUGUCGGUCGUGACCGUGUAUAACGCCAAGGUAAAAGAUAGUGCCACGUGCAAGAUGUUUGACCUGAGGGUGUCCACUGAGCCAGUCCCAGAAAAUGUCAGGACACCCCAGGAUGCCAAGGGCAGCCUGUACCUUGAAGUCUGCACUAGGUAUCGGGGAGAAACGGAUGCUACAAUGUCAAUUCUGGAUAUCUCCAUGAUGACAGGCUUCUCCCCAGACACAGAAGAUCUCAAUUUGCUGAGCAAGGGCAAGGAGAGGUACAUCUCCAAAUAUGAAUUGGGCCAAGCUGUGUCUGAGAAGAACACUCUUAUAAUUUACCUGGACAAGAUUUCCAACAAGGAAGAGGAGUGCUUAAAAUUCAAGAUCCACAAAUACUUUGAAGUGGGGCUUGUCCAGCCUGGGGCCAUCAAGGUUUACUCCUACUACAACUUGGAGGAAAGUUGUACCAAGUUCUACCAUACAACCAAAGAAGAUGGUUUGCUCAACAAGAUCUGCCACAAAGACGUGUGCCGUUGUGCUGAGGAGAACUGCUUCCUACAUAGGGAGGAGAAGUUGGCAAGACAACAGAGAAUUGAGGAAGCUUGUGAGCCUGGAGUGGACUAUGUAUAUAAGGUGAAGGUAGAAAAGAUCCAACAGUCUGACAGCUAUGAUGAAUAUCAGAUGCUCAUCAAAGAUGUCAUUAAAUCUGGCUCAGAUGAGAAUCCUCGAGGCAAGAUUCGCACAUUCAUCAGCCAUGUGAAGUGCCGGGAUUCCCUAUUGCUCAAGGAGGGCAAGGAUUACUUGAUCUGGGGCAUCUCCUCUGACCUGUGGAAAAUGAACUCAGAGCUUAAUUACAUCAUUGGCAAGGACACUUGGGUAGAGCUGUGGCCACAGGAAGAUGAAUGUCAGGAUGAAGAGAAUCAGAAACUGUGUGAGGAUUUGGAGAUCUUUUCUGAAGGCAUGAUCUCCUUUGGCUGCCCCAACUAACCUGGCUACAACCUGACCCCAUUAGACCCAAAUGAUGACCUGACUACAGCCAGAUCCCAUCUUAUUUCUAAAUAAAGACUAUUUUUCAAGAAUUUAA